AUGAGCUCCCUAGGAGUAUCCUGGAGCAGUCUAGAUUUUCGAAAUGACGCCAAAAUUCUAAAGAGGUUGUACAAGAUUCCUGGAAAAGAUUAUACUAACUUAGUCAAGACUCUUAAAAAUACGCCCACUUCGCUGGUGCUGAAGGAUUAUGUAAACCAUGAGCUGGUGCCCAUACUAACCAUGGAUCCGAAUGCACGUCUAGCUCCCGUCUACACGCCCGCAGCGACAGCAAAUCCCGCAGAUUCGCAGCAGCUGAGCAGUCCGCUGCUCGAAGGACUCAGCACAACGCCAACACAAUCUCAGGCCAAGGGCGGCGGCGGAGUUUAUACGUUGACCGAAGAGACGGAGCUGGAGCUGCAGGCGGUGCACACCGCAGAGACGCAGGUGGAACGCGUCUAG